CCCCCUUUCAACCCUGUCGCUUCUCGUCAGUUUUUCACUGUCUGGAAUGUGCAGGCUUUUGCAAUCAUCUUUUGUCGAAAGCGACAUUACCAGUACCCGCUAAUACACUGGCCGACUUUCCACCUCGAGGAGGUCUCGCUGCCCCUUCUUAUGGUUGUUGCACUCACUGGUGCGACUUAUUCAUAUCGUCCCGGACACGGUUUGGAGAAUAUAAAAGAGGCCCGGAAACUCUACCAUGUCGCAGACGGUUUUGUCUUUGAGAGACUAGAGACUUUUCUGAGAGAUACAGAUGCACCUCUUUCCUCACAGGCCAACCAAGUCAAAGGGCUUCAGCUAUGCCAGGCUAGUCUGCUAAUGUACGGGUUGGAAACAUUAUCAAUCAGCGACUCUGCCAUCCAUCGCAUCGCUGUGACGGAACGCCUGCCUGCGAUAGUCACGGCGCUGAGGAGGCUACAGACUGGCGGCUUUUUGUGCACACGCGAGCAGGUCAUCAGACUUGCCACUUGGGCUUUUGCGGUCGAUGGCCUCGCUACUCUGUGCUGCAACAACCCACCGGUAUUUUCCAUGCCGGAAAUGUCUGGUUCGCUGCCCUGCAAUCCCGCUCUGUGGGAUGCAGAUUCAGGACACGCGUUCGGGCUGCUAAGACGUGAGUAUGGCGCGGGUUCGCUUUCGUUGAAGGGCGUCAUGUCGCGCUUGCUGCACGGUGCCUCAAAGAACCAUGAUUGUGAGAUGGAAAGCUUGAUCCCCUUUGAGCUGCAUAUUGUAAUAUGUGGUAAGUUACCUCCUGUCAUCAACCUGUCUUGUGGGCCCCCUACCCUUCUGGAGCAUUUGCUAAGAAGACAUGUGAGACAGCUCUGCAACCAAUCAUCUUCAAUUCUCAAGUCACUAUUGUCGCUGCCACGGCAGUCGACAACUCUCUUACAAGCUUUAACCAAAUGGAAACGUCUUUGGGAACGAGCGUUGGGAAGAACCAGCCCUCACUGCCGGAAAUAUCUAGGCAUGGCCAACAACAUCCCUGCCAUCGAGCAGCUCUCGAGACGGAUUGUUCAAAUUGCCACGAGGCCCCAGACAGGGUCCUCCCGCUACCUUGAACGGGUGCCGUUCGCAUAG